AUGUCUGCUAACCAUGCCCCCCAACUCUCCCAGCUUGUUCACAUGCCAACCCUGGAUCCCAUGGAAGCUGAAAGGGCUUCUUUAAGAGAGCAGCUUGCAGCUGCCUCAGCAGGGCUUGUGGCUGAGGCAAGGUGUGUGCCUGAUGACUGGGAGGACAUGUGGGAGGAGAAGAUGACACAGCUGAGGUGCUGGGAGGAGAAGAUGGCAGUACUGAUGCCCCUGGUCAAGCAAGGAAAGGCGCUCAGGGUGUCUGUGUGGGUUGAUGCAGAAGAUGCUCCUGCACUGAUGGAGGCCAAUGACUUGUAUGAAAAGUGGUCUGUUGAGGAAGCUGAGGAAUGUGUAAGGGCCAGGCAGGAUGUUCAGAUGGAGGAGGCUAUGGUGGAGGUUGGCCAUGAAGCACACACAUGCACUACCAAGGCCCCCAAGGCCAGUCCAUCCAAGUGGGCUCAUGGUGAUGACAUCAUGGAAGUGGUCAAGGGCAAGACCCACAGGAAGGGCAAGGCACCAGUGCAUGGCAGGUUUGAUGGCAAGACUGCCAUGGAUAUCUUGCAGGCCCUCAGGAUGGUCAGGGCCAAAGCUGUGGCUGCACAUGUGGCCAACCUCCAUUUGCAAGUUCACAUCAAGCAGCUGUUGGAAGCCCUGGCAAAGUUGGGAGUAGAGUAG